CACUUAGCUUGUAAUUUAGCACGGAAACUUAACAUGGGAAAGGGUCUCCGUCUAGUGUAGGGAGACGAGAAGAGAAGGGCAGCUUCCAUCUUUGUUUGGUUCUUUCUUUGGCUUGAAUAAAAAUCGGUCCCCUUUUCUUUUCAUUUCGCGAUUCUUAGCAUAAUACUAAUCUGCCGAUUCACAAUCAGCCAAAGCGACUUUUCUCUCUUCUUCUUUUCAAAUUCGUAUCCAAUUCACGCGUUAUUCUCUUCCCAUUUGGGCCCUUCUUUCUCCAUCCCUGAUCCGUAGGCUUUUUACUUGAUCUCCCUUUUCGAUACCCUUUUGAUCGCUUCUGUUUCUUGGGGGGUUUUUUUUUUUUUGCUGGGUUUCAAAUUUUAGAAUCAAAGAGGGAAAUUAUUUGCAACUUUUGGACUGAUUGUAUGAAUGUUUUCUGAGAAAUGGUGAUGUUGACAUCAACAGUUGUGGUGUGAAGUACUAUGGAACUGGUGGUUACCCAACAACAACAAGCACUACAAUAUGACGAUUUACAUUGGUCGAGAGGCUUCGAAGCUUUGGAAGAGAAUUUGUGCAGAGACUACCACAGAGAUCAACCUACUUUUCGAAAAUUGGAAAUUCAUUCUUGCUUGUCUAAUUUUUCAGUAUAUACAUGGUUUGGCUGCCCGAGGAGUUCAUUAUCUACAUCGGCCAGGGCCAACAUUGCAGGAUGCAGGGUUCUUUCUCCUUCCGGAGCUUGGACAAGAUAAAGGCUAUAUCAGUGAGACAGUGUUCACCUGUCUCUUUCUAUCAUUUGUGCUGUGGACUUUCCACCCUUUCAUCUGCAAGAGCAAAAAGAUCUACACAGUUCUGAUUUGGUGCAGGGUUCUUGCAUUUUUAGUUGCUUCUCAAUUUCUUCGGAUAAUUACAUUCUAUUCUACUCAGCUCCCAGGUCCAAAUUAUCAUUGCCGUGAGGGCUCCAGACUUGCUAGGUUGCCACAACCAGAGAGUGUGCUUGAAGUACUCUUAAUUAAUUUUCCUCGGGGUAUAGUAUUUGGCUGUGGUGAUUUGAUUUUUUCAUCACACAUGAUAUUUACCCUCGUUUUUGUUCUCACAUUUCAGAAGUAUGGUACACAAAGGUUUAUAAAGCAGUUAGGUUGGUUGAUUGCUGUGGUUCAGAGCCUAUUAAUUAUAGCAUCCCGCAAACAUUAUACAGUUGAUGUUGUUGUUGCAUGGUAUACUGUUAAUUUAGUGGUAUUCUUUAUAAGCAAGAAAUUACCAGAACUACCUGAUCGGACUAGUGGAGCUGCCUCUUUGUUGUUACCAUUGAGUACCAAGGACAGAGACAUCAAGAACAAAGAAGAGAAUCACAAGCUUUUGAAUGGGAACUCAGUAGACCCUGAUCGGAGGCAGAGAACCCAAGUAAAUGGCAAGAUUCUGGAAGAUGCUAAUGGAGUCAUUGCUGAUGCUAAUGGAAUGAAUGGUGUGUAGACGACGGAAACUGUAUGGCGUAACUCGUAAGUGCUGCAAGGACUGCUUUUUAUAUCUUUAAGAACCCUUAUGUGAGGUGGGCAUCUGUUCCAUGACUGGUGGUAAAUUUGAUUUGUAUUCAUGUAGAGAAAAUGGAAAUAAGGGUAGCACGUACGAACAUUUAGCAGUCCUCUUGCUUUGUAAUGGCUAAAACAAUAUAUCAUCAGCAUCAGCAUGUAUCAUGGAAUCUACAAAAUCUUGAAUCUCCCAUUCUCCUGAGCAUGCGAUGCUGUUGAAACUUUGAUUCACUUUGCUUACUAUUUAACAUGGUGAAGCCGAAGGCUAUUCCCAUUAA